GGCAGCACGAUUCCUCCCGCGCCCCUGCGGGCUGAAGGCCGGCACUAAAGCAGUGCAGUUCCAAGCUUCCCCUGCAGAAGCCACGCUCCUGACUUGGUCCGGGGAUAGAGGGGGCGCGAGAGAGCAAGUGGGCGGGCGUCCCAUCCUCCGCAUCCUCCUCCAAGUCCUGGCGCGCAGGGAGGGAGCGCUGCGCUGCGCCGGGCUGCGCAUCGCGGCCCACUUGCCGCCUGUCCCCUGCCCUGGCUGGGCCACCUCCCCGGGCUGCCGGUGGAGGGCUUCAAGGCGCUAACGUUACGCUGUUUCCGGUUUUCCAGAGGGCUCUGUUUCCCCUCCCAAGGCGGCGGCGGCUGAGCGGCGGAGCCCCCCAAAUGGCCUGGCCAGAUGCGGCAGGUUUGCUGCUCAGCGCUGCCGCCGCCACUGGAGAAGGCUCGGUGCAGCAGCUACAGCUACAGCUACAGCGACAGCAGCAGCAGCAGCAGAAGCAGCAGCAGCAGCGGCGAGAGCGGCGGCGGCAGCAGCAGCAGCAGCAGCAGCAGCAUCUCCCGUCCCGCUGCGCCCCCAGAGCCGCGGCCGCAGCCACAGCCGCAGCCCCGCAGCCCCGCAGCCCCGAGAGCCGCCGCCCGCUCGCGAGCCGCAGCCGCCGGCGGCAUGAGGCGCGACCCGGCCCCCGGCUUCUCGAUGCUGCUCUUCGGUGUGUCGCUCGCCUGCUACUCGCCCAGCCUCAAGUCGGUGCAGGACCAGGCGUACAAGGCACCCGUGGUGGUGGAGGGCAAGGUACAGGGACUGGCCCCGGUAGGCGGCUCCAGCUCUAACAGCACCCGCGAGCCGCCCGCCUCGGGUCGGGUGGCGCUGGUGAAGGUGCUGGACAAGUGGCCGCUCCGGAGCGGGGGGCUGCAGCGCGAGCAGGUGAUCAGCGUGGGCUCCUGUGUGCCGCUCGAAAGGAACCAGCGCUACAUCUUUUUCCUGGAGCCCACUGAACAGCCCUUAGUUUUUAAGACGGCCUUUGCCCCGGUCGACCCUAACGGCAAAAACAUCAAGAAAGAGGUGGGCAAGAUCCUGUGCACUGACUGCGCCACCCGGCCCAAGCUGAAGAAGAUGAAGAGCCAGACAGGAGAGGUGGGCGAGAAGCAGUCGCUGAAGUGUGAGGCAUCAGCGGGGAACCCACAGCCCUCCUACCGCUGGUUCAAAGACGGCAAAGAGCUCAACCGGAGUCGUGAUAUCCGCAUCAAGUACGGCAAUGGCAGAAAGAACUCACGCCUCCAGUUCAACAAAGUGAAGCUGGAAGAUGCUGGGGAGUAUGUCUGCGAGGCUGAGAACAUCCUUGGGAAAGACACCGUGAGGGGCCGCCUCCAUGUUAACAGCGUGAGCACCACUCUGUCAUCGUGGUCGGGGCAUGCCCGGAAGUGCAACGAGACAGCCAAGUCCUACUGUGUGAAUGGAGGCGUGUGCUACUACAUCGAGGGCAUCAACCAGCUCUCCUGCAAGUGUCCUGUGGGAUACACCGGGGACAGGUGUCAGCAGUUCGCAAUGGUCAACUUCUCCAAGCACCUUGGAUUUGAAUUAAAGGAGGCUGAGGAGCUGUACCAGAAGAGAGUCCUGACAAUUACUGGCAUCUGUGUGGCUCUGCUGGUCGUGGGCAUCGUCUGUGUGGUCGCCUACUGCAAGACCAAAAAGCAGCGGAGGCAGAUGCAUAACCAUCUCCGGCAGAACAUGUGUCCAGCCCACCAGAACCGGAGCCUAGCCAAUGGGCCCAGCCACCCUCGGCUGGAUCCUGAGGAGAUCCAGAUGGCAGAUUACAUCUCCAAAAAUGUGCCAGCCACAGACCACGUGAUCCGGAGGGAAACUGAAACUACAUUCUCUGGGAGCCACUCCUGCUCACCUUCUCACCACUGCUCCUCAGCCACGCCCACCUCCAGUCACAGACAUGAGAGCCACACGUGGAGCCUGGAUCGUUCAGGAAGCCUGACCUCAGAUUCCCAGUCGGGCAUCAUGCUGUCCUCAGUGGGCACCAGCAAGUGCAACAGCCCAGCGUGUGUGGAGGCACGGGCGCGGAGGGCGGCGGCCUACAGCCAGGAGGAGCGGCGCAGGGCUGCCAUGCCACCCUACCAUGACUCCAUAGACUCCCUGCGUGACUCCCCACACAGUGAGAGGUACGUGUCGGCCCUGACCACGCCCGCGCGCCUCUCGCCCGUGGACUUCCACUACUCGUUGGCCACGCAGGUGCCGACUUUCGAGAUCACGUCCCCCAAUUCUGCGCAUGCCGUAUCGCUGCCACCCGCCGCGCCCAUCAACUACCGCCUGGCGGAGCAGCAGCCGCUCCUGCGGCACCCGGCCCCGCCGGGCCCUGGGCCGGGAUCCGGCGCGGACAUGCAGCGCAGCUACGACAGCUACUACUACCCGGCGGCGGGGCCCGGACCGCGGCGCGGCGCCUGCGCGCUGGGCGGCAGCUUGGGCAGCCUGCCCGCCAGCCCCUUCCGCAUCCCGGAGGACGACGAGUACGAGACCACGCAGGAGUGCGCGCCCCCGCCGCCGCCGCGGCCGCGCACGCGCGGCGCGUCCCGCAGGACGUCAGCGGGGCCGCGGCGCUGGCGACGCUCGCGCCUCAACGGGUUGGCGGCGCAGCGCGCACGCGCGGCGCGGGACUCGCUGUCGUUGAGCAGCGGCUCGGGCUGCGGCUCGGCGUCGGCCUCGGACGACGACGCGGACGACGCGGACGGGGCGCUGGCGGCCGAGAGCACGCCUUUCCUCGGCCUGCGAGCGGCGCACGACGCGCUGCGCUCGGACUCGCCGCCGCUGUGCCCGGCGGCCGAUAGCAGGACUUACUACUCCCUGGACAGCCACAGCACGCGCGCCAGCAGCAGACACAGCCGUGGGCCGCCCGCGAGGGCCAAGCAGGACUCGGGGCCCCUCUAGGCCCCCCCCCCGCCUCGCCCGCCCCACGUCUCCAAGGAGAGCGGAGACCACCGACUGAAGAGGGAAUAGGAGCGAACAAAGAAAUAAAAAUAUUUUUAUUUUCUAUAAAAAGGAAAAAAGUAUAACAAAAUGUUUUAUUUUCAUUUUAGCAAAAAUUGUCUUAUAAUACUAGCUAACGGCAAAGACGUUUUUAUAGGGAAACUAUUUAUAUGUAACAUCCUGAUUUACAGCUUCGGAAAAAAAAAAGAAACAACAAAAAAAAAGAGAGAUGGGCCAAUUUUUUGACUCUUUAAUAGAAACCUAUAUUGUGGUGCCUUUUGCUGUACGCUAACCUGGGGCUCCUGGAGAGUCGUCUGGGGUGCAGGGUGGGGAUGGGCGCUUGUAGGAUCCCAAACCGGUUGGGGUGAGAAAAGGCAGGGAAUGAAGAGA